CGUCAAAUUUAGAUUCAAAACAAAUCGAGCUCUGCAGUUAUUUUGAAAAGUUAAUGAAAAAUAAGUUAUUCACUGUGAUGUAACACUAAAAUCCUCGUUCUAAGUUACCAAAAAAAAUUCUUGUUAUGGACCGUGCAAAGGAUGAUCGAGUCAGCUAUGCUGGUCUUGCCGGAGGACUUACAGGAUGCAUCACACGCUUCAUCUGCCAGCCUCUCGACGUGCUCAAGAUUCGUCUGCAGUUACAGGUGGAACCGAUCAGUGCUGGUUCAGCGGUUUCCAAAUACCGGUCAAUAGCCCAAACAAUGACAUGUAUAUACCGUGAGGAGGGAACACUAGCCUUUUGGAAAGGACACAACCCGGCUCAGUUAUUGUCGCUUGUGUAUGGCGUGGCGCAAUUUUCAUUCUACGAAAGAUUCAACGGAGUACUUCGAAACCUAGCCUUUUUCGAACAGCACGACCGUGCGCGAAACUUUACGUGCGGUGCGUGCAGUGGCUCAUUUGCGGCGCUCAUCAUCAUGCCUUUGGAUGUUAUUAGAACCAGGCUAGUUUCGCAGGAUCCCGGAAGAGGCUAUAAAAACACUAUCCAAGCCGUCAGCGUGAUAUACCGACUAGAAGGCAUUCGUGGGUUAUACAGAGGGCUAGGCCCGGCAAUGUUGCAAAUAGCACCUCUCGCUGGAGGACAGUUCAUGUUCUACAACUUAUUCGGAACUGCGAUAAAAAAAUUCGAACAUCUUCCCGAGAAUGCCGCUCUACCGCCAGUCGAGCUGUUUAUGUGCGGUGGUCUAGCUGGUCUAUGUACUAAAUUGUUAGUCUAUCCAUUAGAUCUGGCCAAAAAACGACUGCAAAUACAGGGUUUCGCAAGUAAUCGACAAUCUUUCGGUCAGCAUUUUGUGGCCAAUCAUAUGCUGCAGUGUUUGUACGAGGUUGGCCGUCACGAGGGCAUUCGUGGUCUGUACAAAGGACUCAGCCCAUCACUACUAAAGGCAGGUUUCACUACUGCAUUUUACUUUACCAUCUACGAUUGGUUGCUAUUUAUGUUCAACAAGGGGUUCAGAAAGGCGCUGUAGCAGUACAUACUGUAAUAUGGUGUGCGCGUUUUUUUUGCACAAAAAUUAAAUUUAUUUUGUGUAUUUCGAAUUCAUCAGAAAGUGUUUGGAAUAAAUUAGAACUUAUUAUUUUA